UGCAUCUCGGAAAGAGCGGGUGAGGAGGGACUGUGCGGGAUCAGCACACGGGAGCAGGAGCCGUGGAAAGGCCUGGAGCAACACAGGAGCCUGACGGCGCUGGAGGUGCCUCAGCGGGUGGAGCUGGAGAUGGGGCAGACUCAGGUGGAUGAGACGAUGGUGGAGGAGAACCUGAAACAGUCCAUCCUGGCAGACCGCGCUGCCGCCCAGGAUCACCGGCUACGAGCCCAUCUCUACGCUCAUCAGCUAGAACAGAGGGUCAGAGAGCUGAGGAAACAGGACGCAAUCUACAGGGAGCAGGUGGCCAAUUUGGAGUUGAAGGGCAAGAGGUUCCACAGCGCCAUCACAGAGAGCUACCAGCAGGCAUCCCGCGAGGUCAGUGCCAAGUUUAGGCAGUACCAGACGAAUCCGGUCUGCGCUGAUCUGCAGAGGGAGAUUGUCAAGUGCUACGGAGAGAACGCGGGACAGACGCUGUCCUGCUCCAGGAUCGCCUCGCUCUACCUGCAGUGUGUCAGUGACGCGCAACAGAAUAAGACGAGACCGGGCCAUUAGUGCUCCGUGUUCUGCACUACUGUCAAGCUGCCACACCCCACUACUCCAAGGAGCGGUUACCGUAGCACCGAGAGGGAGGAACACGCUGCUACCGUACACCAGUCAUCCAGCGGGGGAGGGGCAGGAAGUGCUCAUUUUUGUGUGCUGUGCAGAUGCAUUACCUCAGAUAAGAGGCAGGAGUCAAGUGAUACGCAUACAGUGCGUCCAUCUACAAACAUACGUACAUCCAUAUACACACACGCUCACAAGCAUACACACACACACACACAAGUGCUGUAAUUGUUACAUGGUGAAACCAAAAUGUAUAUAUAUAAAAUAAAAAACUUAAUUAAAGCUGAGAAUCUGCACUUUAACCCCAUGUGAAGUGUUUGAUUACAAAUGUAAAAUUGUGGAGUACAGAGCCAAAUUAAGGAAGAAAUGUCCGUCUCAAACAUUAUGGAGCUCACUGUGUGUCACUGAACAACGUAAUAUCAAAAUAUCUUUGUUCUUCUUCGGGAAACAAUAAUUCAAAGUCAUUUGCUGACAUUAUAAUAAUAUCUAAAAAUGAUAAUGAUAUUAUGAAAAUAGCGAUUUCAGCUAGUUCGAUCUAUGACAGGUCUCUAUCUAUAGAGGUGACAGACCAGGUUUUUUUUUUUUUUUUUUUGGAGACGGGCCCAGGAUUGUUUUCCUCCACGCCGGCUCUGCACACUUGCCUUGGACACAUCGUUUAACACCGCGGAUGGUGCUGCUGUACAAAUUAACACCUGAAUCUUUGAAGCCAGAUGAAAGUGAGUGGCUGAUAGAGCGAACACACUGCAAUAUAGCUUUUAUUUUUCACUUCAAAUAACGUUCCUUUAUGUAUAAAUAACAAAUGUUAAAGGGCUAUUGCUGGAUUACCAUUCUUUGAAAGUGUUGCAGCUUGUGGUAGUGUUUUCAUUUUUCAUUUCAGAGGUUUGUUUUAUUCCAUCCAGUCAUGUAGUCCAUUGAUGAGUGUUGUGAUGGUCUAAUUUUGCUUAAAACCACGUUGUAUGUCUGUAUGACAAUCACUAUAAAUCACUGUAAUAGUAUGUCAACUGUGUUCCCAUGAUGUGUCCAAAAUGUUACUGCAUGAACACUAGCACACUGCCUUCUGACAUUAAGAAGUAACCUGUUAUCUACUAAAUCAGUCUGAACGAUAUUACUCUGAAUGCAGGCCCUUCAUUCUAUCUAAAAAAAACUCCAAUGAUCAUUCAACUUUACUUAAUAUCGUUCAUUUGCUCAUCACACUGUGGCAGACACCAGUCCAGCGGAAGUGCUCUCCAGGGGCUUGAAACCCAGGUCCUCGACAGGGAUCCCCAAAGACUUCAGCUUCGCCUCAUAUGUCCAGAGCAAGUCAUUAUGGGCCUGCGAAGGAGAAACACUCGCAUGUAACCUUUA